GAUCAGCCCCGACACUUGUUUUAAAACUGUCAACCUCGAUUCUAACAUCAAUCUACCUUAAUCAGCCCCGACAGUUAUUUUAAAAUGGUUAACCUCAAUUCUAACAUUGAUCUACUCCAAUUAGCCCUGACACUUGUUUUAAACCACUCAACCUUAAUUCUAACAUCGAUCUACUCCGAAACUUAUUUUAAAACACUCAACCUUGAUUAGAUAUGGGGUGCUUACUAUGCGAACACUUUUUAAGCUUCCACCUUUCUUUUAUAUCUUUUAUUACUCGAACUCACAAAUUUAAAAUUAGAUAUGGGGGGCUUACUAACAACACACUAGAAUAUCACAUUACUAGAUCCCGCCCCCCCACCACGGACUGCAUUCCCUCUCAAAAAAGACAAACCGCGGAAAAACCCCCAAAACCCUUUUCCCCACUAAUCACAAAAUUUAUUUUUCACUCAAUUUUCAGUCCAAAUUAAUCAUUCUUGAAUCUUGAUGAUUUCUAAGCAAAAAGUUCAAGAAUCAUUUGUCAAUGGGGGGAUUAACAAGCAAUAAAAAGCGAGGUAAUAAUCUUUUUUCUUCCAAUUUUGAUCCCCAUAUUCCCAAAAAGCUCAAAAUUUCAGUCCUAAAUUCAUCAGUAGUACCAAGUAAAUCAUCAACUGUACAUAAGUUUUUCAAGUACCCGGAUCCGAUAAACCAGAUUCGAAGAGAAAUUCAUGCUCCUUGUAGGAAUUCAAGAUUUGGGUAUAAGCAAUUGAAGGGUAAAUUGGGUUAUUCAGCUCAGGAAAUGGGUAAUUCGAUAUCGAAUAAGUAUAAGGAGAGUAAAAGUAGUGAUCUUGAUAGUUUGAGAUUUGGGUACAAGGGGAAUUUGGAUAGUUCAGCUCAUGAAAUGGGUAAUUCGAUAUCAAAUAAGUAUGAGGAAAGUAAAAGGAGUGAUCUUGAUAGUUAUAGGAGUUUGAAGAAAGACAUUGUGGGUAAUUCGGAGUAUUCAGCUCGUGAAAUGGGUAAUUCGAUGUCAAGAAAGCGUGAGGAAGCUAAAAGAAGUGAUUUUGAUAGUUUGAAGAAGGAUAUUGAAGUGAUAAAUGUUGUUGAUGAUGAUGAUAAGGAGGUGUGGUUUGAGGAUUCAAGUAUCGAGGAAUUGGAAGUGUGGGGUUGUGAAAAAAGUGAUCUUUCGAGCAAGAGUUUGAUGGAGGUUGAUGGCGAUGUGAAGAUUUUGGAUGGUUAUGAUGGUAAGAGUACCGAGGAAGUGGAAGCGUGGGGUGGUGGAAAAAGUGAUCUUUUAGGCAAGAAUUUGAUGGAGGUUGAUGGGGAUGUAGAGAUUUUGGAUGAUUAUGAUGGGAAAGAUUCAUCGGUGGUGACGGGUUUGGAUGAUGGAAAUUUGAAGGAGAGUGUUGGAAAGAUGAUAGAGUCAUUAGAUAUGAAUCCCACGUCGGAUUCAUACUUUUAUGUCCCGUUGUAUAAGAAAUUGCUUGGUUCAGUGGAGAAAAUAAGUCAUAAGCUGAAAAGAAUACAUUUUCAGAUAGGACUUAAUGAGAAGUGUCUCGAAACAAAUAGGUUGUUGCGACCUCAAAAGAAAGGAGAAAAGUUUAAAGAGGAUGUGAUUCCAGAACCAUUCGUACCUCUCACUGAGGAGGAACAGGAUGAGGUUUCUCGUGCUUUAUCUAAAUCCAGUCGGAGAAAGGUUUUGGUUAGCCAUAAAAACUCCAAUAUUGAGAUUACUGGAGAAAUAUUGCAAUGUUUGAGACCUGGGCAAUGGUUGAAUGAUGAGGUUGUCAAUUUGUAUCUUGAACUGUUAAAGGAGAGAGAGAAAAGGGAGCCCGAGAAGUUCUUGAAAUGUCAUUUCUUUAGCACAUUCUUUUACAAUAAGUUGAUAAGCGGUAGGGAAGGCUAUAACUAUCAAUCUGUGAGAAGAUGGACAUCCCAAAGAAAGCUAGGUUAUUGCCUCCUCGACUGCGAUAAAAUUUUUGUCCCGAUCCACAAAGAAAUACAUUGGUGUUUGGCUGUUAUCAAUAAAAGGGAUAAGAAGUUCCAAUAUCUCGAUUCACUCAAAGGAAGGGAUGUUAAUGUGUUGAAAGUUCUGGCUCGGUACUUUGUUGAUGAGGUGAAGGACAAGAGUGGGAAAUCCAUCGAUGUUAGUUCGUGGAAGCAAGAGUUUGUUGAGGACCUUCCAGAGCAAAAGAAUGGGUACGACUGUGGUGUGUUUAUGAUAAAAAAUGCUGAUUUCUACAGCAGAGAUAUAGGCCUUUGUUUUAAUCAGGGAGACAUGCCAUAUUUUAGGAAGAGGACUGCCAAGGAGCUCUUGAGGUUGAAAGCAGAUUAAACAUUCUUGAACCUGCGCUCUUUUCUGUCGUGUGGUAUAUCUUGUGCCCAACAAAGGGAUGAUUUUGUAGUUCAAUAUUUGGUCUGUGUAUGAUUGACCCACCCGAAGCCAACUAUUUAUCGAGAGGCCAACGUUUUAGUGUGAUUGUGUCAAAGUAUGUUAUAAAUCUUUAGGUGCUUAGUUACUAUGCAAGAAAAGAUUUGAUAAGUUUGAGCUUGGAACUGUUUUAAUUCUGUCUUUUCAAUUCCCAUAGAGCAUUCAAAUAUCUUACUAAUAUUUAAGAUGAAAUGCAGAGUUGUAAACUUGUGGUUUUUAAUAUAUUCUUGAAUGACUGAUACUCUUAA